CCCGACACGCCACACAUCUUGGCACGAACCAACCAACCCCUCCCAAAGAUGGGGCAAGACAGCCACGCCCUCCCCAUCUCCGCCGCCAGGGACGCUGCCUCGGAGCCCGGCGGCAGGCUGUUCACGGCGGGGCUGGUGGCGGCGUGGUACGCGUCCAACAUCGGGGUGCUCCUCCUCAACAAGUACCUCCUCUCCGUCUACGGCUUCCGCUUCCCCGUCUUCCUCACCGCCUGCCACAUGUCCGCCUGCGCCCUCCUCUCCUGCCUCGCCCACGCCGCCUCCGCCCGCCGCGCCGCGCCCCCUCCGAGCUCGCGCGGCCAGCUCGUCAGGGUGGCCGUGCUGGGUGCCGUCUUCUGCGCCUCCGUCGUCGCCGGGAACGUCUCCCUCCGCUACCUCCCCGUCUCCUUCAACCAGGCCGUCGGCGCAACCACGCCCUUCUUCACCGCCGUCCUCGCCUACGCCGUCGCCGCGCGAACGGAGGCGUGCGCCACCUACGCCGCGCUCCUCCCCGUCGUCGCCGGCGUCGUCAUCGCCACAGGGGGUGAGCCAAGCUUCCAUCUUUUCGGUUUCAUUAUGUGCGUUGGAGCGACGGCGGGGAGGGCGCUCAAGACCGUGCUGCAGGGGAUCUUGCUGUCAUCAGAAGAGGAGAAGCUUAACUCCAUGGACCUCCUCCGUUACAUGGCUCCGGUGGCCGUCAUCCUGCUGGUUCCAGCAACAUUGAUCAUGGAGCGGGAGGCGCUUGGCGUGGCGGCUGCGCUCGCACGAGAGGAUCCCAGUUUCAUCUGGAUCCUGCUCUGCAACUCCUCUCUGGCCUACUUUGUGAACCUGACCAACUUCCUGGUCACCAAGCACACCAGCCCACUGACGCUUCAGGUUCUUGGAAAUGCAAAAGGGGCUGUUGCUGUUGUGGUUUCCAUCCUGAUAUUCAGGAACCCGGUAACAUUCGUGGGGAUGCUAGGCUAUGGGAUUACGGUCGCAGGUGUUGUUCUGUACGGUGAGGCCAAGAAAAGGAACAAGUGAGCUCGACCUGAUGAACAAGCCGCCUCUUCUGUUUCAGCUCCUGUACUCUGGGAGAUGGUAGACUCGACGUUCCGUGCCUGCACAUCUUUCGCCGGUGCCCUGAGUUGUUCUGACGGAAUCAUGGUGAUGGUACAACGAAGACAAGCACGGAAGUUUUUUUUUUUUUGCGUGCUCUAGAAUUGCAAUUUGAGCUCCUAAACUGUAGGAAAUUGGGAUGUAAUUAACUUCGCAGUGGCACAUGCCAUAAGAUGUAUUCAUCCCUUGUAACAGUGUUCAUGUACACUCUAGAUGUACGACGAACUCACGGUUCCUACUUCCUACAGGUUAUUGUUGCUAAUCAGAGGGAUACAGAUAUCGUGGCGAACA